AUGCCUCGAGACGGUCGACCCGUUUGGCAACCCAGCAAUGCGCCCAGAAAGAACCAAAGCCCAAAUGCACCCAGCAUUCUUCCAAAACGAGAUCCCAUUCCUCCCACGCCCACUGGUGUAGGAAAUCAGGCUCCACGACGAUUUGCAGGAAGUGUCGUUUGGGGGAGAUUACAGUCGCCUCCCCAUAGGCCUAGCAAUCUGGGCGACGGCACAUCCGGCAAGUCCGGGGUCGUCGAUGAACUUCUUGAGGGUGAUGAGUCCUGGGCGACUCAAGCGGCUGAUCCAAAAACAACAGCGAAAGCUGGAAAGGACACUCAGAAGGAUCUUGUCACCGCAAUGGCGGGACUUACGGUGCAGCCUAGCCCAAAGACCGAGUCGACAGUUCCAGAAUGGAGGCGGGAUAAAGAGAAGCCCCUAUUCCCGAAGCCUUCGGCUAGCCGAGCCGGAAGCAUUUUCCCACGAGGUGAGAAGCAGAACUUCGUUCCAAGCUGUGCAGCUGGCAGAGCAGGGUCCGUGUUGACGCGAAACGCUAAUCAUCGAUCAGGUCAAAACGACCGUCCGUUCAGAGGGGCGGCUUCCGUAAUGUCGUGCACAUACCAGCGAACACCCGAUCAGCCACGGCUCCAACAGCACCUACCGAAUGCCGACAACCGACACAUCGGCCAUGGAGAAUGGGGUCCAAUCUAUUCGGAAAACCGAUUCCUCAUCGUGGUGCACAACCGACCCGGGGAUCACUACUACGCUAUACCCGUGUACUCGCACAAAGGUAACGGUCUUGCCAAGAAGCAUCAUAAGGAGGAGUACGUGUCAGUCGCGGACGGCCGUUACCCUGGCCAUGUUGUACAGCAAUCCGCACAUCGCCCCAUCACCGCUGUGCUGAAGAACGGUGUUGACGAGCUCUUGCCCAUGAGUGCCGCCUAUGCUUCGUAUGCGGUUCCACGCAAGUAUGGACUACCCGUGGCCCAUCAGGGAAGAUUGGAUGACGAGAGUACAAAACGCCUGGUUGCGAUGUAUCUCAAGUGGACCGACCGUAAGGAAAGUGAUGAGUUGUAG